AUGCACAACUGCGGCUUCGGUGUGCCGUCGGCGGGCAGGGCCGAUGGCGAGGCCUGGGGCGUUGCACGACCCUGGGCCUCCUGCGACGCGCAGCUGCUGUCGGCCGUGCACACGAAGAAGGAGUGGGAUGAGGCCAUGCGCUCCUCCGGCCAAUGGCAGCAAGCGCUGAGCCUCUACUGGCAGGGCCUGGGCCAAAGGAUUCGCACAGAUGCGAUGUCGGUGACCUCCAUCAUGAAGACCUUGGCCCGCUACGAGCAGUGGCAGCAGGCGAUGUGUGUCUUCUCGGAGCUUUCACAGCGAUCUGUUCAGAGGAACGUCGUCGUCUUUAGCACGGCGGUGGUCGCCUGCUCCAAGGGCCGGCGCUGGGAUCAGGCCCUGGCCGUGCUUCAGAGCAUGGAGAAGGAGUCGGUCCGAGGAGACCUGGUGAUUUGGAAUUCCGCCAUCAGUGCCUGCGAGCGUGCUUCUGCCUGGUCCCGAGCUGUGCAGCUUUUGGUGAUGCUCCCGCAGAGGCAGCUGCAAGGGGACAUCAUCUCGCAUAACUCUGCCAUCAGCGCGUGCAGCAAGGCGGAGCAGUGGUCUUUGGCCCUCUCGGUCCUUGCGGGUCUCGACGCGGUGUCCCUACAAGGCACCGUUGUCACAUUCGGGGCAGCUUUGGACGCUUGCGCCCGGGCAGGCGCUUGGCAACAGGCUUUGCUGCUUUGUGCGGAGCUACCCGCCAGAGGUCUGCAGCCGAAUGCAGUGACCGAGGACCGUGCGGUGGGCGCCUUCUCCAAGGCCUCCUUGUGGCAGGAGGUCCUGGAGGUCUUCUGGGCGGCCUCCAAAGCCCAGCGGGGCACGGCGCGGCUCUACAACGCGGCGAUCACUGCGUACGGUCGGGGGCGGCACUGGCGGAAUGCCCUUUUGUUAUUCGAGGACAUGGUGAGCCGCACGAUCCCUCGGGACGUGGUGACCUUUUGCGCGGCGCUCGCGGCCUGUGAUAAGGCGGGGAACUGGCAGAAGGCAGAGCUGCUCCUUGCGCAGGCCGAACGUUGCACACGCCUGGAUGUUGAGAUCUACAACGCCGCAAUCAGCGCCUACGGCAAAGCCCUUGCGUGGCAGAGGGCCGUGGGCCUGGUUGACCGCAUCCAUGCCUCCAGCCUCACAGCGGACGCAGUGACCUAUCGCUCGGCGAUGUUCGUCUGUGGCCGUGCUGGGCGCUGGGAGGCGACCCUGCAGCUUCUCUCCCAAGCCGAGCGGGGCGGCAGGGCAGCGGCACCGCAGACUUUUGCAGCGGCCAUGGAGGCCUGCGUCUCCGCAGGGCGCUGGGAGGUGGCUUUGGUGCUGUCCGACACCAUGGAGCAGCGGCAGCUGCGCAGCAACGAUGCGACACGAGCCGUCUUGGUGCGAGCCUGCGCCCUGGGUGGUUUCUGGCAGCAGGGGCUGUCUAUGCUUGCUGAAGUCGGGACGGAGGGGCGAGUUGCGGCCACCAACGCCGCGAUUGUGGCUUGUGGCCGGGCCGGGCAGUGGAGCCAUUCGCUGGCCCUGCUUUCCGAGCUACAGCAGGCGCGUUUCGUGGGCAUUGACACCUACACUGCCGUGCUCAGUGCCUGUGGUACCAGCAGCCAGUGGCAGGAGGCUGCUCUGGUCUUCGAAGAUCUGGAGCAAACAGGCCUGCCGCUGGACCUGGCCGCCCGCACGGCUGCGGCCGCGGCGUGCGAGACCUCGGAGUUUUGGGCUCGGGCCAUGGGGCUUCUGGAGGAGCUGCAGGGCGAGGACCUGCAGGCCGACGUCCUCGCUUACAACGUGGCUAUCCGCGCAGCAGCAGGUGGCGAUCUUUGGCAGGUGGCUCUCUCCUUGCUAGUGUCGGUGGAGAAAGACUUGCGCAGCAGCGUGAUCACCUACAAUUCGGCCAUGAGAUCCUGCGUGUCAAGCGGCCAGUGGCAAGUCGCUCUUCUACUCCUUGCCAGGUGCCUGAGCCGUGCACUGCCGGCGGAUGCCGUCACCUAUGGCGUCGCCAUGAGCGCCUGCGAGAAGGGUGGGCAGUGGUCUCGCGCCCUCGGCCUGUUCUGGGACCUGGAGAAGGCGCGCCUGGCCGCUGAUGCUAAGACUUGCAGCACAGCGAUGGCUGCUUGCUCGAAUGGUGGACAGUGGCCAAGCACCCUGGAACUGUUUGCUUCCAUGGAAGGGCAGUCUUUGCAGCGGGGCGUCGUUUCUUACACAGCUGCCAUCAAUGCCUGUGGUAUGGCUGGGCUCUGGGAAGAGGCCCUCCAAUAUUUGCGAGAAAUGGGCUCCAGGAAGAUCUCCGGCAACUUGAUCUGCUACUCCGCCGCUGCCGCCGCCUGUGAGCAGCGAGGGCGCUGGCAGCAUGUCCUUAAACUCCUUCAGGAUGUGAAUCUCCAGCGUUGGGAGCCUGAUGCUGCUCUCUACAACUUGGCCAUCAACGCCUGCGAGCAGGGGUCCAAGUGGCAGUAUUCCCUACUUUUCUUUAGCGAGUUGGAGAAGGUUCGUUCCCUGCAGCAGGAUGCCGCCAACGACAACCGCCUGUUCGCGUUGCCGCGCCCCUUCAUCGACAUCGACAGCGGUCGCGCCCUCGCAGCCUACGCAGAGGGGACCGAAACGCGCCGGAGGACUUUCCAAGCUGAGCAGGGGCAGAUCCGCUGCAGCUUCUGGGCCCUGACUGGGCCGGAGCCGGUGGGUACCGACGCCAGCGGUCGCCCAGUGCUGUACACCAGCUUUAGUCAGGCCCUGAACCGCUCAGACCCUUUCAAGAGCAUGGAGCACCUGACCAGGCUCCUGGAAGAUGCGAGCGCGGUGCUGGCCUCGAGGGCCGCGCGGGGAGAAGGUCUUGCGGAGUCCUGGGUCAUGGUCUGCGACUUCCACGGCUACUCCUGGUUCGUCGACACGGACCCGCGCGCCGCGCUCUUCACGGCCAAGCUUUUGGCCCACUACCCGGAGCGCUUGGGGCGCUGUCUGCUGGUGGACGCCCCGAGCAUCUUCAGCGGGACGUGGUCGGCGGUGCGGCGGAUCUUGAACGAGGUCACUGCCAGCAAGGUUCAGUUCGUUCGGACGGAUGACGGCUCGUUUCAGGCCGACUUGAAGAGCUGGGCCUCCCUGGGCCUCAGCUCCUGGCUGCUCACGGAGAUCGCGGAGAACCGCCUGGAGAGCAA